UGGCCGUGGUGCUGAUGCACUCGUACCUGUACCCGGACCACGAGGUGGCGGUGGGCGCGCUGGCCGAGCGGCUGGGCUUCAGCCAUGUCAGCCUCUCGUCGGGGGUGAUGUCGAUGGCGCGUCUCGUGCCACGCGGCUUCACGGCCGCCGCCGACGCCUACCUCACGCCCUGCAUCAAACACUACCUCAAGAGUUUUAGCGCCGGGUUUCGAGACCAGCUUAAGGACGUCAAUGUACUGUUCAUGCAGAGUGAUGGUGGGCUUACGCCCAUGGAUAGCUUCAACGGCUCCCGCGCCAUUCUGUCCGGCCCGGCCGGCGGCGUAGUCGGCUACGCCCAGACCACCUACCGACGAGAAACUGAACUAGCAGUUAUCGGGUUCGACAUGGGUGGCACCAGCACUGACGUGAGCCGCUUCGAUGGCAGCUACGAGCACGUGUUCGAGUCGACCACGGCAGGCGUCGUCAUCCAGGCACCCCAGCUGGACGUGAACACGGUGGCGGCUGGCGGCGGCUCCAUGCUGUCUUUCAGGGCCGGCAUGUUCGUGGUGGGGCCAGAGUCAGCCGGCGCCCAUCCCGGCCCGGUGUGCUACAAGAAGGGCGGCCCUCUGACGGUGACCGACGCCAACCUGGUGCUGGGGCGACUCCUGCCGGACUUCUUCCCGCGCAUCUUUGGGCCGGGCGAGGACGAGCCGCUCGACAGUGGCGCCGCCUACCUGCAGUUCCAGAACCUCACCAACGAGGUCAACAAGUUCCUGCAGACGCAGAAGGGCGGCCGCUCCGAACCCAUGUCGGUGGAGGAGGUAGCCAUGGGCUUUAUCCGCGUAGCCAACGAGGCCAUGUGCCGGCCCAUACGCUCUCUGACACAGGCUCGGGGGCACGACACGUCCCACCACGCGCUGGCCUGCUUCGGCGGCGCCGGCGGCCAGCACGCAUGCGCCAUAGCGCGCGCUCUCGGCAUGGGGACGGUGUUCGUGCACAGGUACGCCGGCAUCCUGUCGGCGUUCGGCAUGGCGCUGGCUGAUGUCGUCCACGAGGCCCAGGAGCCCUGCGGCCGGCCCUAUACCCCCGAGCACUUUGCGUACUUUGAUGAGCGUCUGAGCGCCCUGACAGAAGUCUGUCGCCAGAAGCUCAGACAGCAGAACUUCCCCGACCACAAGAUCACGACCGAGGUUCACCUGCACAUGCGGUACGACCAGACGGACUGCGCGCUGAUGGUGCAGCCGGUGGCCCGGCAGGCGGGCGACGGCGCCGCCCCGGCAAGCGGAGACUUCAUGGCCGCCUUCCUGCAGCGGUACCGCAAGGAGUUCGGCUUCGUCAUCGGUGACCGUGACGUCAUCGUGGACGACGUGCGCGUGCGCGGCCUGGGCGGCGCCUCGGUGGAGGACGACGCCGCGCUGCCGCCGGCCGCCAAGCCGCCCUGCCCCAAAACGGAGAGUGAGGUGUACUUCGAGGACGGCUUCCACACGGUGGGCGUGUACCUGCUGUCGGAGCUGGGGGCGGGGCACGAGAUCGCCGGGCCAGCCGUCAUCAUGGACUCGCUCAGCACCAUCCUGGUGGAGCCCGACUGCACGGCGACGAUCACGGCGCGCGGCGACGUGCGCGUGUGCAUCGGCUCGGGCGAGCGGCCGCGGGUCGGGCCCGAGCUGGACGCCAUACAGCUGAGCAUCUUCUCGCACCGCUUCAUGAGCCUGGCCGAGCAGAUGGGCCGGAUCCUGCAGCGCACGUCCAUUUCGACCAACAUCAAAGAGCGGCUGGACUUCUCGUGCGCGCUGUUCGGCCCAGAUGGCGGCCUGGUGUCGAACGCGCCGCACAUUCCCGUCCACCUGGGCGCCAUGCAGGAGGCCGUGCAGUACCAGAUCCGCGCGCUGGGCGACGCCAUCCGACCGGGAGACGUGCUGCUGUCGAACCACCCGUCCGCCGGCGGCUCCCACCUGCCCGACCUCACCGUCAUCACGCCCGUCUUCUACCGGGACUCGGAUGGUCCGGUGUUUUUCGUGGCGUCGCGCGGACACCACGCCGACAUCGGCGGCAUCACACCCGGCUCCAUGCCGCCCCACUCCAAGUCGCUGCUCGAGGAGGGCGCCUGUUUCAAGUCCUUCAAGCUGGUAGAGGCCGGCGUGUUCCAGGAGGAGGCGGUGACGGCGGCGCUGCUGGCGCCGGGCGAGAUCCCGGGCAGCUCUGGCACGCGCAACCUGCGUGACAACCUAUCAGACCUGCGUGCCCAGGUGGCCGCCAAUCAGAAGGGGAUCAGCCUGGUGGGCGAGCUGAUCGACUACUACGGCCUGCCGGUGGUGCAGGCGUAUAUGGCGCACAUCCAGCAAGCGGCCGAGCUGGCCGUGCGCGACAUGCUGCGCCAGAUCGGCCGCGGCGCCAGCAGCCGCUCCGGCGCCGCCCGGCUCCGCUUCACAGACCGCAUGGAUGACGGCAGCCCUAUCCAACUGGCCGUGGAUAUCGACGAGGAGGCGGGCUCGGCCGUGUUCGACUUCAGCGGCACCGGGUACGAGGUGUGGGGCAAUUGCAACGCGCCGAGGGCCAUCACACUAUCGGCCAUCAUCUACUGCUUGCGCUGCAUGGUGGGCCACGAUGUGCCCCUGAACCAGGGCUGCCUGGCGCCGAUCCAGAUCCGGAUCCCGCCCGGAUCGCUGCUGGACCCGUCGGAGACGGCGGCCGUCGUCGGCGGCAACGUGCUCACCUCGCAGCGUAUCGUCGACGUGGUGCUGGGAGCCUUCGGCGCCUGCGCCGCCAGCCAGGGCUGCAUGAACAACGUCACGUUCGGCGACGACCGGUUCGGCUACUACGAGACAGUAGCCGGCGGCGCCGGCGCGGGUCCCUCCUGGGACGGCCGCAGCGGCGUGCACAGCCACAUGACCAACACACGCAUCACCGACCCGGAGAUCAUCGAGGCCCGCUACCCGGUCGUCGUACAGCGCUUCUCGCUGAACCCGGGCACCGGCGGCGCCGGCCGACACCGCGGCGGUGAUGGCGUGGUGCGCGAGCUGCUGUUCCGCAAGCCGCUGACGCUCUCCAUCCUGACCGAGCGGCGCGUCUUCCAGCCGUACAGCCUCGACGGGGGCGCUCCGGGAGCUCGCGGCCAGAACCUGUUGCUGAAGCACGACGGUCGGACCAUCAGCCUGGGCGCCAAGACAUCCGUCCUGGUGUCCACUGGGGACACGUUCCGGCUGUUGACGCCGGGCGGCGGCGGGUUCGGCUCGCCGGGCGGCCUCAAGCCGGCGGAGGGUAGCGCCCUAGGUGAACGGUUACGCUAG